GGGACUUGAGUUCGCACGGUUUCUAUGUCUUCGUCUCUUUCGCGGUCUUCGACCCAGUCGCGGGUCUCGCUCUCGUCUCUAACUCCCAACAACUUAGGGACAGUCCGAAAGCUCAACUCGGUGCUGUUCCCCAUCAAGUACAGCGAAAAGUUUUAUCAAGAUAUCAUCCUCCCAGAAGCAGAAGACUUUUGCAAACUCAUCUAUUAUAAUGAUAUCCCCGUGGGCACCAUCUGUUGUAGAUUGGAGACCGUAGAUGGACAGACGAGGCUGUACUUGAUGACGAUGGGCGUUCUGGCCCCGUACAGAUCUAGGGGCCUCGGCUCUUUCAGCUUACAGCAGAUCAUCGAUGCGGCAGCUGCACACACCAAACCAAAGAUCAGCGCCAUAUACCUACACGUGCAAGUUUCGAAUAUAGUUGCUAAGCAGUUCUACGAGCGGCAUGGAUUCAAAGAAACGGGAGUGCAUGAGGGAUAUUACAAGAAGAUCGUUCCCCAUGACGCAUGGAUCCUCGAAAGAGAACUGAGUAGCGACGCUAGAGAUGCAGAGAAAUCCGGGGAGAACACUGGUGCUACGAUCUGUAGUCCCUAGCUUACAGAUGUUGUACGGUAUACACGUCCUUUUAGCAAUGGCAAGGGACCAUCUCCGCGAUUGAACAGAUAUACUGUAUCCUGAGCUGUUGUACACAUUAUAUGCGAUGUAGUGUAGUGGACCCUUUAUAACCAAUUAUUACUUCAAGACGAGCUAUCGUCGAUCC